CUUUCUCUCUAGCUCCCUUCCUCCCUGUAACUGAACAGUGAAAAUUCACAUUGUGGAUCCGCUAACAGGCACAGAUGUCAUGUGAAAACGCACAUGCUCUGCCAUCCACACCGCCUUUCUUCCUUUUCUUUCUGUUUCCUUUUUUUUCCCUUGCUUCUUCUCCCUCUUCUUUGUAACUAACAAAACCAGCACCAACUCCUCCUCUGCUGCCCUUCCUCCUCCUCCUCAGUCCAAGUGAUCACAAAAGAAAUCUUCUGAGCCGGAGGCGGUGGCAUUUUUAAAAAGCAAGCACAUUGGAGAGAAAGAAAAAAGAAAAACAAAAGCAAAACAAAACCCAGGCACCAGCCAGCCAGCACAUUUUUUUCCAUCCUUCCUGAAAACAAACAAACAACCAAACAACCAUCAAAACAGUCACCACCACCAUCAUCAAAACUGUUAACAUAGCAGCGGCAGCGGCGCAAACGUCACCCUCGGGCCACAGCGUCCGCCUAAAGGGAUGAUUUUCUCGGCGGAGCAGCUCUUCGCCGACCACCUUCUUCACUCGUGCUGAGCGGGAUUUUUGGGCUCUCCGGGGUUCCGGCUGGGAGCAGCUUCAUGACUACGCGGAGCGGGAGAGCGGCCACACCAUGCGAGCACAAAUUGAAGUGAUACCAUGCAAAAUUUGUGGCGAUAAGUCCUCCGGGAUCCACUACGGAGUCAUCACGUGUGAAGGCUGCAAGGGAUUCUUUAGGAGGAGCCAGCAGAACAAUGCCUCUUACUCCUGCCCAAGGCAGAGAAACUGUUUAAUUGACAGAACCAACAGAAACCGUUGCCAACACUGCCGACUGCAGAAGUGUCUUGCCCUAGGAAUGUCCAGAGAUGCUGUGAAGUUCGGAAGGAUGUCCAAGAAGCAAAGGGACAGCCUGUAUGCUGAGGUGCAGAAGCAUCAGCAGCGGCUGCAGGAGCAGCGGCAGCAGCAGAGCGGGGAGGCGGAAGCUCUUGCCAGGGUGUAUAGCAGCAGCAUCAGCAACGGCCUCAGCAGCCUAAACAACGAGGCCAGCGGCACUUAUGCCAACGGACACGUCAUUGACCUGCCCAAGUCCGAGGGUUAUUACAACGUGGAUUCCGGCCAGCCUUCCCCUGAUCAGUCAGGACUUGACAUGACUGGAAUCAAACAGAUAAAGCAAGAACCUAUCUAUGACCUCACAUCCGUACCCAACUUGUUUACCUAUAGCUCUUUCAACAACGGGCAGUUAGCACCAGGGAUAACAAUGACGGAAGUCGAUCGAAUUGCACAGAACAUCAUUAAAUCCCAUUUGGAGACAUGUCAGUACACCAUGGAGGAGCUACACCAGCUGGCAUGGCAGACCCAUACCUAUGAAGAAAUUAAAGCGUAUCAAAGCAAGUCCAGGGAAGCACUAUGGCAGCAGUGUGCCAUCCAGAUCACUCACGCCAUCCAAUAUGUCGUAGAGUUUGCAAAGCGGAUAACAGGCUUCAUGGAGCUCUGUCAAAAUGAUCAAAUUCUACUUCUGAAGUCAGGUUGCUUGGAAGUGGUUUUAGUGAGAAUGUGCCGUGCCUUCAACCCAUUAAACAACACUGUUCUGUUUGAAGGAAAAUAUGGAGGAAUACAGAUGUUCAAGGCCUUAGGUUCUGAUGACCUAGUGAAUGAAGCAUUUGACUUUGCAAAGAAUUUGUGUUCCUUGCAGCUGACUGAGGAGGAGAUUGCUUUGUUCUCAUCUGCUGUGCUGAUCUCUCCAGACCGAGCCUGGCUGAUAGAACCAAGGAAGGUCCAGAAGCUUCAGGAAAAAAUUUAUUUUGCACUUCAACAUGUGAUUCAGAAGAAUCACCUGGAUGAUGAGACCUUGGCAAAGUUAAUAGCCAAGAUACCAACCAUCACGGCAGUUUGCAACUUGCACGGGGAGAAACUGCAGGUAUUUAAGCAAUCGCAUCCAGACAUAGUGAAUACACUCUUUCCUCCGUUAUACAAGGAGCUCUUUAAUCCUGACUGUGCCACCGUCUGCAAAUGAAGGCGACGAGAGAACUGUCUCAUAGUCAUGGAAUGCAUCACCAUUAAGACAAAAGCAAUGUGUUCAUGAAGACUUAAGAAAAAUGUCACUACUGCAACAUUAGGAAUGUCCUGCACUUAAUAGAAUUAUUUUUCACCGCUACAGUUUGAAGAAUGUAAAUAUGCACCUGAGUGGGGCUCUUUUAUUUGUUUGUUUGUUUUUGAAAUGACCAUAAAUAUACAAAUAUAGGACACUGGGUGUUAUCUUUUUUUUUUUAAUUUUAUUCAGGUAUGUUUGGGAGACAACUGUUUAUAGAAUUUUAUUGUAGAUAUAUACGAGAACAGAGCGGUACCUUACAUGAUUACUUUUCCUGUUGAUUGUUCAAAUAUAAUUUAAGAAAAUUCCACUUAAUAGGCUUACCUAUUUCUAUGUUUUUAGAUAGUUGAUGCAUGUGUAAAUUUGUAGCUGUCUUGGAAAGCACU